UUUAGGCCUUAUCUGCCCUCAAAGCACUUGUCAGUGUGUUAAAUCUCAUCCAAGCCUAACUCUAUUGCUUCAGAUCUACCAAGGGCUUCAAGUGUAAUUGAUGGCUUGCACGAAAAUGGCAGCAGCGACAUCUCUUUCUGUCAGGAGCGGAUGAGAAGGAGAAUACCAAUAUUGGUUAGCUCAUUCAUGCAAGGGACUUUUGUUGAAGCCUGAAGUCCCUUUCUUCUUAGCACAACGAUGGAUUUAGAAAUCUGCUGUUUUAGGAAAACUAGUGAUUUUGGCAUCAAUUGUGUUGGGAAGGUGGUUGUUAAAGAUGCUACUCAAAAUUGCUUCAGUUAAUGCUGUGGACUAUCAAACAUAAAUUACUACCACGUUAAGAGUCAGAAUUGAGCCAAGUAGAAAGUAAAACACAUUCAGAACAUGCAGAAAUUAUCAAAAUCGUUGCCUAACUCGCUACGAAGAUUGAUUUGCGUGUUACCAUUCAGGCCUUUUGUAAAAGAGAGAUCGCUGACAGGAAAAUCAGAGGAGGAGGAGGAGAAGACAUUGAAGGAUGCGAGAAAAGAUUUUGAAAUGUUCCAUGACACAUAGAAUAUAACUAAAGGAAGCAGCAGAGAUGAUGGUGAUUGGUGAGUUGCUUAGUUUGGAUGAUGGAUAUGGGAAGAGGAGGAGGAGAGAAAAAGUUGAAGAACUUAAGAGAAGAUUUUGAAAUGUAUCACAAUAACACCCAAAAGCUUGGAAAGGUUGCUUGGCAAGUCAGGAGAAUCAAAAUCCAUAUGGCAACUUUCAAACAAACAAGUCAGAAGUUAAAGACUCCAAUAUGGCGACUUUCAAACCGCUAUACCUGUUUUCAAUAGCUCCAAUCUUAGCUGAGAUGUCAAGGCAAGCAAAUCACUCUCCUAGAGGUCAGCAAAACUUGUUAAGUGUUAACUACUAUAGUAAUGCGUUUUAAUUUGUUAAAUAGUACAAGUUUUUAAGGUAGAGAUUGCAAAUGGAUGUUUGAGCAAACACUUUCUCUCUGUAUCUCUAUGAUUAUUUGACUGCAAUGUAUGCCUUUGUAAUUAUCUGUUUAUAACAGAAUUAGAGUUUGAUCUAACUCAUUCCUACAAAACUAACUUAAUAGUAAAAAGUGACAUUGUAAACUAAUAUCCGAUAAUGUAAACUCGUUGUCCAAGAGCUCCUUAUUCAAGUUUACUCGGUUUAAUAUCACCUCACCCUGCAAAACCAACUUUCUUCAUCAGUACAAAAGUGAAGGAUUCUAUAGACAAAUAAGGUGAAUAAUGUUGCUUAUAAGGAUGAUCAAAUGGCGUUUUAUCUGCACCAACAAUCUGGUUUGUAUUUUCUCAACUGGAGGUAGAUUCGCCCAAUGGUUUUCUCCACAAAUCCGAAUGAUGUAUGGGAAUAUGCAGGACUUCGUUGAGAGGUCCUCGACAAAAGUUAAGUUGAGCAUUCAUCCUAUAUUUCAUGCAUUCAGAAAACGAGCCAUGCAGGCAAGAGUUCAGUUGAGCAUUGCAACAAUAUAUAUCCAGUUCUGUUGCUGACAUUGCAGCAGAUUCAUCUUUUUCGUUGUUUUCAAACACACUAAAAUUUGAACCAUUUUCUUGACGGACAUGAGUUUAAUUAGUAAAAAUAUAUCACAGUAGAGUCACUGCUAAGUGGUUCAAAAUUAGGAUGAAGGAAUUUUACAAUAUUUACAUAGUAAUAGGUUAUUAGACUGUUAUAUAAUUUUCAUUCUAAUAUUUCUUUUUGGCCAUUACUGAAUUGGCAAUUUCUAGAUUUUAGAAUAUCAAAACAAUGCUCACAAAUCGUUUGCAACUCCAACAGGUAAGCUGCACAACACUGUAGAUACAAAGAUACUCCCGAUGGAAACAACAAGACUUGACACCAGGGUUCUUGACGACAACCUCUAAUGAUUCUGAUGAACUACAACUACCUAAUGAAUGUUGCAAACCAUUGUUAUUUUUAUUCUUUAGCCCUUUGCAGAUCAACCAGGGGCCUGAAGGGUGAUUGUGUGACCGGAACCAAGAUGGAAGCAGUGGCCGGCAUCUCAGCUCAGGACUCAGAAAAGAAGAUAAUUGCUUGAGCAACUCCUACAAGCAGCAAUUAUCUACUCAGAAAAGAAGAUAGUUUGCCGCAUAGCGUUGGAUGCAGUAGAGGAUCCUUACUCAUGAAAAUCAAAGAGGAGAAGUGUUUUCAUAUAAGCUGCAUUUUUAUGUGAUUUCUAAUGCCAUUCUUAUUCUUGAAAACUUAGGGUGACUUUUUAUGCUAGAAGCACUUUUCCAAGCUUAUGUGGUGGUGUUAUUUGAAAAGAUUCUUUCUAGAGCUUGCAAAUGAAUGUUUGAGCCAACACUGUGUCUGAAUCCUAAUGUUUUGAAUGCAAUGUAUGCCUUUGAACACUAUCAGUCAUUUUGUGUUUGACUUUUAUGAACAAGUAAUUUGUUCUUAAAUUGUAAUAGGGCAAUCAAAAUAGUUUAUUAUUGUUGGGUCAUGAGGGAAGUUCAUAAUCAUCACACCUGGCUUUUGACUAUGGCUUUUGAUCAACCACAUAAGUGCAAUUGAACAUCACAUUUUCACUCAAAACUUUAAUAGAGGUUGUCUCUUGAACUAAAUCACCCAAAUUUCUAAGAACAAUGUCUGUGACUGUGGAGGUUUGUGAACACAUCUACUCAAAUACAUACAUGUGUUCUAAAAAGAGGAAUAGGUGAAACCUGAGGAGAUGCAACAUCUGUUGUAGACUCUGAUUUAGUUGGUUUUGCAAAGAACAAUAUAUCCUCAAAAAAGUAAUAUCUACACAGAAAUAAACAUGAUGCGUAGGUGGAUAAUAUCACUGAUAUCCUUGUUGAACGAAAAAUAGGAUUGAAUUUCGGUGACGUAACUUCAGUAUCUCACACACUAGAAAAAAACACACUCUUUCCCAUUCCAUUUCCCUCCUUUUUUUUUUCUUUUUCUAUUUUCUCCUUUAUCAAAUACUCCUAUAACAAAAGUCACAUAAAGUCACCAAAAUCAAAGUCAGUAAAUCCUUCUCCGAAAAUCAGCAUACUUUCUAACAAUUUUCAUUCUUUCUAUUAUUUAUUUCAUUUCACUUUUUCUUUAUCCCAAAUAAAGUGAAAGUGGCGAACAAAUCUGUUAAAGUGAUUAUACUAUAAGGAGCGUGUGAGUUGGGUGGGAACAAAUCCUUUCUUUUUCUGAAUCUAUUCUUUUUCAUCUUCUUGUUUUUACAAACAAAGUAAGUAAUGGAGGCCAUCAAGAGAGAAAAACUCUUGUCACUCUCGAGCUCUGUGAAGGUGUUGUUAGAAAAGAUUGUUGGUACUAAGCUUUCCAAAACGGCGAAGGAAAUACUGGUGGAUCUUCAAGAUGCUCUUUAUUAUGCUAACAACAAACUCAUCCCUAGUCAACCUAACAACAAACUGCUGGAUUUGCUGAGACGUGAUGUUCUUAAAUUUGCCAAUUUGCUUGAAGACACUGAUUUUUUAAGGUAUGCUAACGUACUUAAUGCUAAGCACCUCGAAAUUCAUUAUCGUUUAACUUUUUUCAUUCAACUCAUUAAGUCUAGAACGGUAAAUUUAAUUCAAAUAUUAAAAGGCUCAAGUUCAGGAGAACAACUUGGUGAUGAUGAAUCUUCUAUUUAUGGAAGAGACGCUGAUAUUCAGAAACUGAAACGUCUUUUGUUGUCUACUGAUAGUAGAGUGAUUUCUAUUGUUGGUAUGGGAGGGAUUGGUAAAACAGCCCUUGCUAAACACCUUUACAAUCAUCCUCAAGUUAAGGCCAAAUUUGAGUUAAAACUAUGGGCAGAGUUCUCAACUGAUGUGGAUGAUUUCAGUGUUUUUGAAAACAUUCUUCAAUCUAUUACUUCACAAACAACCACAAGUAAUGAUACAAGUACCAUUUACCCUAAUUUUUUGCUGGUAUUGGAUGGUGUGUGGGAUGCAAGAUCUGUCAAUUGUACAUUACUUAUGGAUAUCUUUAAUGCUGGGGAAUCAGGAAGUAAGGUCAUUGUAACAUCAAGAGAUGAAAGAGUUGCACUAUCCAUGCAAACCUUUCUUUCUCUCCACUAUCUGAGACCCUUGAAAUUUGAAGAUUGCUGGUCUUUACUUGCCGAACAUGCAUUUGGAACACGUAACUACCACCAACGAUCCACUCUAGAAGAAUUUGGCAGGAAAAUUGCAAGAAAGUGUCAUGGUUUACCAUUAGCUGCAGUAGCACAUGGGGCUCUUCUUCGCAUCUGGUCAAACCCGUAUUCUUGGAUUUAUGUGCUAGAAAGUCAUGUUCGGGUUACAGCUUAUGAGGUGCAUGCUUCUCUCGAAUUGAGCUACAAUUUUCUUUCUGAUCCUUUAAACGAUGUUUUCAAUAUUGUUCAAUUUUUCCAAAGAAGUCCAUCUUACAAAAAAAGAUGGUAGUUCAUUUAUGGAUUGCAGCAGGCUUACUUGAAUCAUCGUCCACAGAUCAAGAAAAAGUUGGAGAAGAAUACUUUGAUGAACUAGUGUCAAGGUCAUUGAUACAUCGGUGGUCUAUUGGUGAUGAGGAAAUAAACUUUGGAAUGCACAACUUCAUCCAUGAUUUUACUACAGAAGUUUAUUCUUUAUAUUGUAUCGGUAGGGACAAACAUAACCUAGAUGAUAGGAUGCAAAAUUUCUCAUACAAUAUAGGGAGAUAUGAUUCAUAUCACAAAUUUGAUAAAAUAUACAGAGUAAAAGGUCUGCGUACCUUUCUAGCAUUCCCAUUACAAGAACAAUUGCCUCUUGGUUUGCUAUCUAACAAGGUAGUGCAUGACUUGCUGCCAAAAAUGAAACAAUUACGCAUGCUGUCUCUGUCAAGCUACAAGAGUAUCACCAAGGUUCCCAAGUCUAUUGGAAAUUUGUUAGACCUGCGGUACUUAAAUCUUUCUCACACUAAUAUUGAAAGGCUCCCUUCUGAAACGUGCAGGCUUUACCAUCUGCAGUUCUUGUUGUUGGCAGGCUGUGCAAGGUUCACCGAAUUGCCGGAGGACAUGGGAAAAUUGAUUAAUCUGCAGUACCUUGACGUUAGUAACACCGCAUUGAGAGAGAUGCCCGUACAAAUAGCCAAACUAGAAAAUCUUCACACUUUGUCCGACUUUGUUGUUAGCAAACAUAAUGGUGGAUUGAAUAUUGCAGAGCUAGGAAAACUUCCCCACCUACAUGGAAAACUUUCAAUCUCCCAGCUACAAAAUGUUAAUGACCCCUUUGAAGUAGAUAGAGCCAAUAUAAAGAUGAAAGAAAAAAUAGACGAGUUAUCUUUGGAAUGGGAUUGUAGUAGUGCUUUUCAAGAUUCACAAAUUAAAAGUGUUGUACUUGAAAAGUUGCAACCCUCAACGAAUUUGAAAAGUCUCACCAUCAAAGGCUAUGGUGGAAUCAGCUUCCCAAAUUGGUUAGGUGAUUCUUUAUUUAGCAACAUGGUGCAUUUAAGGAUCUCGAAUUGUAAUGAUUGUUUAGGGCUUCCAUCCCUUGGAAAAUUGGGUAAUCUGAAAGAACUCGUUGUUGAAGGGAUGCAAUCAGUGGAGACAAUUGGUAUUGAGUUCUAUGGAUGUGGGGAUUCUUCGUUUCAACCAUUUCCCUCUUUGGAGAGUCUACACUUUGAGAAUAUGCAAGAGUGGAAGGAAUGGGACUUGAUUGGAGAUACGGCUACAACGUUUCCUAAUCUAAAAACUUUAUCGCUAAGAAAGUGCCAGAAACUGAUAGCUGGAAACAUAACUGAAAAAUUUCCUUUCUUACCUGAACUUGAGUUAAAAGAAUGUCCUUUACUGGUGCAAUCAAUGCCAUUAUCUGAUCAUGUAUUCAGGCAAAUGAUGUUCCCUUUGAAUCUUCUUCAACAAUUGACCAUAGACGGCAUUCCAUCUUCAAUGUCUUUUCCAACAAAUGGUCUACAAAAAACCUUGAAAUUUCUGAUAAUCAGUAACUGUGAAAAUCUAGAGUUCCUUCCUCGUGAAUACUUGUCCAAUUACACAUCGCUUAAAGAAUUGAAAAUAUCUUAUAGCUGCAAUUCAAUGACAUCAUUUACCUUGGGUGCUCUCCCUGUCCUCAAGAGUCUGUUUAUUGAGGGUUGUAACAAUCUGAAAUCAAUAUCAAUUGCAGAAGAUGUGUCACUAAAGAGUCUCUCAUUUCUUAGAAGCAUCAAAAUAUGGGAUUGUAAUGAAUUGGAGUCAUUUACCCUAGGUGGAUUGGCCACUCCAAAUCUUCGCUUUAUUGCAAUGUGGAAGUGUGAGAAGCUUCAUUCACUACCAGAAGCAAUGAACAGUCUAGCUGACCUUCGAGAAAUGGAAAUUGAUAAUCUACCUAACCUUCAAUCUUUAGUCAUAAAUGAGUUGCCCAGUAGUUUACAGAAACUAUCUGUUGGCUCUGUUGGUGGGAUUAUGUGGAAUACUGAGCCAAGUUGGGAACAUCUCACUUGUCUUUCAGUGUUGCGAAUUAACGGUGAUGAUACGGUGAACAUGUUGAUGGGGCCAUUGCUACCUACAUCGCUUGUGAAAUUGUGCAUUUGUGGUCUCAAUGAUACAAGCAUCGAUGAGAAGUGGCUUCAGCAUCUCACUUCUCUUCGAAAACUUGAGAUUAUUAACGCUCCCAAACUCAAGUUGUUGCCAAAGAAAGGAUUUCCUUCCUCUCUUUCUGUACUAAGUGUGACUCGUUGUCCAUUAUUGGAAGCAAUUUGCGGAAAAAAUGGGGGAAAGAAUGGCGUAAGAUUGCUCACAUUCCCUCCAUAAUUAUUGAUGAUGAAUUGAUCACUUGAGUCUUGUUCUGGCGAGUCUUUCAAAUACUUCUCUUUUUGUUUCUUUCAUAUUAUGUUAUCAUCAAUUAUUGUGAAUUUUAAUAGUAACAUAGAAAUACAAUAUAAUAGCACUAGCACUAACUCAUUUCUUUUAAUCAUAGAAAUGUAUUUUGUGUCACCCUGCUUCUUCCCAAUCUUGCUAUUGUAAGAAGCAAAAUUCACCUCAAAACAUGCUACCAAGUUCAGUAAAUUGUUUUAAUGUUCAGGAACGAUGAAACAAGAGAUAAACACCACUGACUCCAAAUAUGUUGGGUGUUCUUUUAGUCUAUAUGACUUCGUAUAUAUUUAAAAUUUGUUUGUUUUAAUGCCUUGAUUGUAUCAAACUUUUUUAACACGGUUUAAAUUCUUCUCUAUUCUAUUAGUCUAAUACAUAUCAUUUGUUAAUGCAUUUUCAUAUUUGUGUUUAUUCAAAUGUCUUGAAUUGAUUUUUUUUUCCUUAUGUUAGUCAAUUAGAACUUUGUCCUAUAAUAAUUGAACACCAUCAAGUUAGACACAGUAUCUCUAUGGAGGUCAUUUAUUCUAAAUUUUAUUUUUGAAAGCUAUAUGUUUAGUUGUUUAGCAAUUUACCUACCAGAUUUGGUGGCUUAGUCCUUGUCUUGAAUAUAUUUUAUCUCUAUAUUGUUUGCAGAUCUACCAAGCGCUUAAGUGUGAUUGAUUGCUUGCCCAGAGAUGGCAGCAGCGACAUUGCUUUCUGCCAGGAGCGGAUGAGAAGAAGAAAUCGCAAUAUUGGCCAAAACAGAAAGGAUUUAGAAAAUGAGGUACAAAUCUGCUAUUUUAGGAAACGGAAUGAUUUUGGCAUCAAUUGUAUCGGGAAGGAGCAUGUUAAAAUGCUACUCAAAAUUGCUUCAGUUAGUGCUGUGGACUAUCAAACUUAAUUUGAACUACAUUUUGUGUCACCCCUGCUUCUUCCCUAUCUUGCUGUUGUAAGAAGCCAAAUUCACCUCAAAACCUGCCACCAGGUCCAGUAAUUGCUUUUCUGUCCAGGAACAGAUGAAAAGGAGAAAACACCACUGACUCCAAAUAUGUUAGGUUGAGUCUAUUACAAGAAAAUAACUUGCCUGACACGUUGCAGUAGCAUAGGUCAUUGUAAUGCAGCUAUUCUUGUUGGUGAUUAGUCAAUUCGGAUUUUAUCUCACGUCAUCCCUAUGCUGUUGUUGUUUACCAGUUUAUCUACCAGAUUUGGUAGCGUAGUUUGUCUUCGAAUUACUUUAUCUCUACAUCGUUUGCAGAUCUCGUAGGGGCUUCAAGUGUAAUUGAUGGCUUGCAAAAAGAUAGCAGCAACAAUAUCUCUUUCUGUCAGGAGCGGAUGGGAAGAAGAAAUAGCAAUGUUUGCUAAAACAAAGAGGGUUACUAGGAGUCCAGGAUACAGGAUUUCACUGCAGCUACCACAUUUAGAACAUGCAGAAAUUAUCAAACUGUGGCCUAACUCGCUAUGAAGAUUGAAUUGUGUGUUAUCGUUGCUGCCAUUUUUUCUUGGAUGUCAGUUAGGCUGAUAUGGUUCGUAUAUGCUUAACUGGAGAGGUAGAUUUGUCCAACAGUUUUUCCACAAAUCUGAACUAUAUCAGAAUAACAAACUUUAACUGAUUUAUGGCUGUGAGAUAUUGGAUCGAACUCUAGUAUGGCCGAAGGGUAGCUUCUUGGUUCGACAGUGUUAAGCAUGAAGUCGAAGGUUGUUCACAUGCUUGUGUCGAAGAUGCUAGGGUUGUUAGCAUGUUAAAUUAGGUUUUAGUGUUUAAACCCUAAUUUGUUAAGUUAGCUUGUUUAUUAAGUUGGCUUGUGUAAUGGGUCUUGCUGAAAAAGCCCAUUAGUUAGUAUGUUAGGUUUUAUUAUAACUAGCAUACUAGUCUCUCAUCAUUGCUAAAGCUGCAAAUCCUAAUUUAGGGUGAGAGAGGUUAUUUGUUAUUCUUGUAAACUUGUAAUCUUGUUCAAAGAGAAAGUGAAAGAAUAGCAGUUAUAACCAAUUAUUGUGUUCUUCUUAUCCUCUCUAAUUCCCUAUUAUACUUUGUUAUUGGUAUCGUUUUUCACAACAAUGGCAAAUUCAUUUGCAAUUUAAUCGUUAUUUGGGGAGUAUUCUGACCUAAAAGAGAGAUCGCCGACAGGAAAAGAAGAAAUCAAUGUGGGCAGCAGGGGAGGAGAGAAGAUUUUGAAAUGCACCAUGACAAAUAGAUGUGUGGGUUUAUAAAAUUUGAAGUUUGAGUGGUUUUCUCUAGACAUCCUUUUGCAAAGGAUGUUUGAGCCAACACUGUGUCUGUGUCCUGUGAUUUGAAUGCAAUGUAUGCCUUUGUAACUAUAUCUGUCCAUAAUAAAACUAGAGUUUGACUUAAUUCUUCUCUACAAAACUAGCUUAAAAAGUAAAAGCUGUUUCUCUAUAAAUUCUUUGUAAUUUCUAUC